AUGAAUAUUGCAGAGACGAGAAAGACAUACAAAGCAAUCUGGAGUCUACUUGUGCUCAUGGGAGCUACACUCCAGAGCUCGGACAAUGGUGCAAACCCAGGUGGAAUCUAUAGCUUUGGAAAUUAUCCUGAGAAUGAAACUGUAAUAUCUAUAUGUAGACAAGGCAUUACAUCUAUUGACAGCAAUAUUAAGAGACUAGUGAAGCUAGAGAAGCUGGAACUCAGUCAUAACAAUCUCAAGGCACUACCAUCUGAGAUAGGAGAAUUGAAGAAUUUACAGCAUCUGGUUCUUAGUAAUAACAAGCUCAAGACACUGUCAGAUGUAAUAGGAGAGCUGGAGAAUCUAAGUACACUGCAUCUCGAUGAUAACGAACUUGAGACACUGCCAGCAGCAAUAGGAGAGCUGGAGAAUCUACGAGAUCUGGAUCUUGGUGAUAACCAAUUUGAAUCAUUUCCAACAGUGAUAAGAAAACUAAAGAAUCUAGAAAGACUGAUUCUCGACAAUAACAAACUUGAGUCAUUUCCAACAGUGAUAGCAGAGCUGAGGAAACUACAGACCUUGGAACUUCUUGGUAACAAGCUAAAGCUAUUGCCAGACGAGAUAGGAGAAUUGAAGAAUUUACAAUAUCUGAAUCUCAGUCUUAACAAACUCGAGUCAUUACCGCCUGAGAUAGGAGAAUUGAAGAAUCUACAACAUUUGUUUCUUGGUGAUAACAAACUUGAGAUACUUCCAAUAGCAAUAGGAGAACUGGAGAAUCUACAGAAACUGUAUCUCCAUAGAAAUAAUCUCAAGACAUUACCAGUUGAGAUAGAAAAGUUGAAGGAACUACGGAUCUUGCAGCUCAGUGGUAACAAACUUGAGACACUGCCAGUUGAGAUAGAAAAGUUGAAGGAACUACGGAUCUUGCAGCUCAGUGGUAACAAACUUGAGACACUGCCAGUAGCAAUAGGAGAGCUGGAGAAUCUACAGAAACUGUAUCUCAAUGAUAACAAACUUGAGACACUGCCAGCAGCAAUAGGAGAGCUGGACAAUCUACGAGAACUGUGUCUUAGAAAUAACAAACUCAAGAUACUACCAUCUGAGAUAGGAGAGCUGGGGGAUCUACAGUAUUUGGAUCUUAAAAAUAACAAACUUGAGACACUGCCAGCAGCAAUAGGAGAGCUGAAGAAUCUACGAGAACUGAAUCUCAGUGGUAACAAACUUGAGACACUGCCAAUUGAGAUAGAAAAGUUGUCAGGUUCAAUGCAAUUAUUGAACUUAAGAGGCAAUAACAUUUCAGAGGUUGGCGAUGGAGAAAGGACUGUGGGUAGGAGAGAACUGAGAGCGAUAUUUGGGGAUCGUGUUGUGCUUAGCAGUAACAGCGUUGAGUAUGAAGAAGAUGAAAUUUCAGUCGAGGAUGUGUACAGAGAACUUAAGAGCAAGCCAAUGCACUGGAACUUCGAGAUGCUGAGAACACUCAGACCGCAGUCAGUUCCCGAGUUGAAAUGCAGCGAGGAGGAAUUGGUGAGGCUGUGGAAUGAGAGCAUGUUUGUGAGUAAGUGGGACAGGCUGAGGCCCGGGGUCAUUGAGACGAUCGAGGCCAACAAAACAGUCCUUGUGGCAGUGUAUGGAGAGGGCUUUUCUGCACUGCUCAGGACAGAUGUAGACGGGGAGACCAGAAAUAGGAAUAUCACAGAGAUUGUUACAAAGGUUGCAGAGAACAAAGACAGCUACACCAGGGAACGAAACAUAUCAGAGCUCAUUGGUAAUGACAAAAGCGCCUUUAUGGACAUGUGGGAGAAGAACAGAUGCAUGUUCAUAAUGGGCGACAACAAGAGAACAAUGGACGAGUUCAUACACCACAUCUACAAUCCAGACAAAGAGUACAGGAGGUGGGGGAUGAAGAAGAGGCACACGGGUCUGGCCAAGAACCUGCUUGGAGCCAUACUCAAUGCUCUUUCGAAAGAGAGUGAUGGGGACGUGGUCGUCUCGAACAUCAGUGGAAUCUGUGAGGGGCUUGGGUAUUGUCCGGACAGACAGAUAUCCGAGAUGAUGUUUGUGCACAAUUUGCUGACAGGAGAUGUGGAGGAGCAGGAAGGUAGCAGUCUGGAGGACAGAGUGAGGAAGGUUGUUGAGACAUGGGUUGGGCAGGAAAAAGAACGGGUGUUUGAUAUUGCAGUGACGCCCCUGAAUGUGGGGCAGAAUGUACAUGUUCAGAACUUCUGGAGACAUGAGCUGCGGAACGAGGUUGGGCUUGACUUUGAGUUCCAGACGGGUAUUAUAGGCAGGGAGCAGCUAAUGGAGAUGGACAGAUUCCGCCUACGUCCGGGGAAUGCACUGAGGGCCUUCUACAGCAUAUUCACACCGGAGCACAUGAUAGACGUGCUGACAGGACGGAUCAACAGCAGGGGCCGCAUGGUGAGUAUGAUAGCACAGCUGAUAUGCAACAGUACGGAGAUCAGCGAUGAGGAUAAGAAGCGGAUGUGCCGGUGGGACGAGAAGGAGAUACCGAGUGAUCUUUCUGAGGAUAUUGAGUACAUGAUUGGAUGGACCUUAGAGAUCACUAGGGAGUUUGCGAAGUAUUUCCUGGUUAAGAUGGGUGUUAUUGUUGAGAGGGCAGCUGGUGGGGAAUAUCCUCACGAAGACUAG